CUAAAUUGGGUGGUGCUAGUCAGUGUAGGUUAGUUUUGGUUGGUUUGUUUGAAAAAAAAAUAGUUACAGUACAAUUUGGUCUAUAAGCAACUCACGUAUAUAUAUAUUUUUUUGGGAAUCAUAUUCAAAAUUGAAAACAGUCAAUUCAAUUUGGAGAACUUCACCCCUGAAGCGAUAUCGUUUUUUGUUUUUUUUACUUUAAAUCCACUUAAACAGACAUUUUCUUUACAUUAUGCAUUUUAAAUGUCCACCUUCCCGUUUGCCCAAUUGAAAUGGUGAAAAGGUAUACAUGUCGGAAAGACGACGGUUUCAGAGCUUGAAUGUGCACACAAGCAUGUCCUACAGUAAUGAACCCAGCAAGAAGUGUUGAAAUGAAGAUGAUGGCUUGCAAAUAUUUGUCUGGCAGCUUCAAUCAGAAAGCCCAUUUCCUUUUAUUUUCUGUCUGUGGUGACAUAACUUUUAACUGGAAAAGGCUCAGUGUGCUUUCCCUUCCUGAUUGAUUUUUUUUUUCUUCUGUAAAAUAAUAUAAUCGGAAACGUUGCUCAUCAGGAAUUUACCUUCCUGUCAAUGGUUUUUGUGAGGAAAAAUGAGGAUAUCAGUUUCUUUUGAAACUCGGUUAUUAAUUGCUAUUUGACUCAUUUGUGCAUGCAAAAGAAGCAUGGAGAUCCCGAAUACACCCCUUGUCGAAGUCUUCACAGCACCACUCCGUUGCAGCUGCAUUAACUUAACCUAUUCCUCAAGGUGAUCGAAAGGUUGUUUGCUUUUGAUCAUGCAAAUAGGAGUAUGACUGUGUGGUCUGGUGUUUGUAAAUAUGUGUCCAGGCCGAAGGAAUAAACUCGGAUGAAGAGCCCCGUCGGGGCGUCACGGCGCACUGAUCAAAAUACAGCAAAGUCACCGGAUCAAUCCCACUAAGCGCAUAUCCUGUGCAUGCCACGUGAAUGCAAAUAUACCCACAUCACUUCCCGUGGUCACGGCUGAUGCAAAUAACAUGUAAUGAUCGGACGUAUAAAUCCCUGUCGCUGCGGGAACUCCACCUUGCUGUGUGCGUGCUGCAGACGACUUCGGGCGAGGAUUAACACUUGGAUAAAGAAAACCAAAGAUGUGAUUCUUCAGACGGAGCCAAAGGUGUUGCAAAGGAUUGUGAGGAAAAUGUAAGCAGAACUCUUAAGUAGUAUUGUAAGUGAUUUAAAACAAAACAAAACAGAAAAAGAAAAAAAAAGCUUUGCCCAGCCACUGCAGCUUUUAAUUACAACAGAUUUGGACUAAGCUUAUAUUUGAAAGACUAAACAAGGAGGCAGACUGUGACUACAGCAGAAUAUAAAUGGGAGGGUUUGUCUAAAGUGUUUGGAGAGAGAAAGAGAUUCUCAUCAUGCUUGGGACAAACAAAAUGUCCAUGUGGCUCUUGACGGGCAUGUCAGCUGUCACCACGGUGUUCUUCAACCUCUACAUCUUCUUGAUGAGCUUGUACAACUCCAAGCAGAGGAAGCAAUGGAGCCCCAGUGAGACCAUCAUCGUGGCUUUGUCCUUGACAAACAUCACUCACCAGCUCGUCUGCUACUUCUGGAUGAGCAUGGAUGAGGUGGACAGCAAGUGUCACGUCGCCCAGAUGCCCUACACUGUCAUGCUGGUCGUCACCUUCAGUCUGAAGUUCACCAUCAUGUGGGACAGCAGCUUCCUGACAUUCUACUACAGCACCAAGUUGGUGAGCACGCCCAACCGGUGCUACACACACAUCCAGGCCACCAUCAUCAAGCAUGUGACACUAGCUGUGUUUGUCAUCCCUCUGAGUGGCCUGGCUACCUGCAUGCCCAUGCUGGUGGUGUUCCACCCCGCCAACGACACCACAGAUGACAAAGACUGCGGGGUGUUAAUGCCUGACACAGAGCCCGGAAAGAUUUACGAGGCCCUCUAUCUGAUCCUUGCGGAUGUGUUGCCGGGCAUGUUCAUGGUAAAAUGCUGCAUCUCCAUCUCAGUGCACCUGGCGGUCCAUCUCCGCCACAUGAAGGCCAGCACCAACGGCGCUCACGUCCCAAAGCUGGGCACUCAGAUGAGGGUGAUCCAAAUGGCACUCUCCCUAGUGGCCGUCUUCCUCCUCUUCCUCGUGGUCGACCUGUACGUUAACUAUCAGAUAGCAGUGCAUCACGAGAACGCCAUCACGCUGACGUUUUUCUUCACGUCCAUCUAUACCACCGUUUCUGCCAUGGUGCUGAUCUAUGGGAAAAAAACGCAUUGGAACGCUCUGGCCCAUGAAUGUAACAUCUGCAUGGAUGUAUAUCCGUGUUUGACAUGUGUGAAGGUGCCUGAGCGGAAAGACCAAUCCAGCAGCACCCCUGCAAGGAUCAAGAGCUGAAGGUCCAAUUUAUUAGUAGCAACUGUUUGUGCUACAAUCCAAUGAGUCCUCGACACUGUCGAGAGAAAUCAUCCAACUUGACCUAAUUGCUUGGAAAAUCUUUGUUUAUCUGUCUAUGCUAGUGACGUAUAGUGACAGGCAGAAUCGUCAAAUGCUCUUCCACGACAUAGCAGCAGGUGCAAUUAAUCUGUAUUUCCACUUGUUGCCGUUUAUACAACAGAAUAACUUUCUGGAUCUGUGAUCUUUGUGUUCAGCGAAACAGGCCCAGAUUUCAAGUCAAUUUGUGACUAAUUUGAAAUGAGACCCUCAUUAUUUCACUAUGUAUACAGACCUUUUGAGGCGUUUUUGUUUGUUGGUGUGCCGUGAGAUUUUUCCAAUGUAUAAAAUGUGCCUUGGCUCAAUAGAGGUUGUGAAACACUGUUAUAAUCCAAUUCUGACUGUCUAAUCAAAACAUAUGCAAGAGUCUUUAUUGUUGUUGUGUAAACAUGCAAAACGUACGGUGCGCCCAUAUAAUUUGAUCAAUACCGGUAAGAAAUGGCCCACUGAAUUUCCUUUUGAAAAUCAAUUAAUCUGACGGCGUACUGAGAAUUUGAAUUAUUAGUAGCUGUUAUACAUUAAAAUGGCAUAAUUCUAAGAAAAAGAUUAAGCUGCAGUAAUAUUUUUCAAAUUUUAAUGCCAACAUGUCUUUACCCUUAAGUGUCCCAAACGAAGUUUCAUGAUUUGCAACAUGUUUUCUAAAGAUAUUAAUUACAUUUUUGGAUACUGUAUAUAAGAUUUUUCUCCUAUUGCGUAAUAUGCAUUUUUCAUGAAAACUAACACAAAUGCAUCUCAAUAUCUUCUGUGUGUGUGUGUGUGUGUGUGUGUGUGUCUUUACCGUUAAUGGCACUGGAGAAAGCCUCAUUAUGUUGUUAGUAUCCACCAAUGAGUAGUUUGGAUCAUUUAUGCACUCGUAUGUGCAGAGUUUGAAGGGCAAAAUGUAAAUUAUGAUUUUUAUGAAGUUGUCUAUUCAUCAAAUCAUAUGAAAAUGACCAAUAAUAAUAAUAAUAAUUUAUUAUUAUUGUUUUGUGCCGUUUUUUUAAUAGAGACUGUAGACCUGCUACAUUUUGGAAUAGAGGUUGAACAAUAGUGGGGCCCAGAAAAUGUCAACAUAGUCACAGUAAUAAUAAUAAUCAUUUAUUGUUAUUAUUGUUGGUCAUUUUCAUAUGAUUUGAUGAAUAUUAUUAUUGUUGUUGUUUUUUUGUUUUUUUUGUUUUUUAAGAAUCGAUACCAGGGACGUUGCACAGACAUUUUGGGGGCCAGGGGCUCAAUUGAGGGAAAAGGGCAUUCCUCUAAUUUAUUUAAGAGUACAUCUCAGACUUACAUAUUUAUUUCAAUACCCUUCCACUAAUUGUUGAAAACUCAGCCGAUUUCUACAAAAUAAUCUGGCCACACAAAGAAAUGUAUUUUCAACAGUAUUCACAGGGUUUCUCAUAAGAGUAAGCAAGAACAAAAGUAGCUGAGACACCAUGUGUGUGUUUUCUAUGCUACUAGUUUAUAAUAAAUAUUUAGAAUAGCUGACUGCACCAGGGAGAGGUACAACAAUGUUCAAAUAUAGCAUCAAAAUGUGUUUAUUUUCUCCGAAGAUAAUGAAUUAAUUAUUGGUGUUAUUUCAAUAAAUGGUACUAUAAAUUAAAUGUAAUCUUCACGCAAAAAUGGAAAAAAAAGAGUUUUCUCCAUAAGCAAACCAACCUAUAUCCUCGAAACAGCAAUUAGGCCAAUGUAUAGUUGUAACAGUUCAGUGCGUUCCACAUUCCUUUCCUGCUCAUUUUCUACAUUUUCCUGAAAACAACAACAACAACAAAAUCAACUGUAGAAACACUGAAAAUCAAUGCAAAGUUCUCUUGUCUCGGUUUCUUUUUGCUCUUGUGUAAUGCUGCUGGUUAUUUUGUUGUGGCCAUGCAUUGAGAGAUUUGCUACUCUGCCGUUUCCUGACACUAUAACUAUCCAACAGAAACCAUAAUUUCCAGAAUAUAUUCAUAAUCCAUUAUCAAAAUUAUCAUUGUAUUUAUUGUUCCCAUUAUUACCACUACAUUUCUCUCCCCACACCUGGACUUCGAUGGUGACAUGAACUCAUAUUCAGUGCACCUUUCACAUUUGAAGGACGGCUGUCUGUCUGUAUCAGGUAAUGUAAUGUCUGUAGAACAGACCUCAAUAUCUCACAUU